AUGGAAGCAUAUGAGAACUCGAAGCUUAUCAAAGAACGCACCAAAAAGUGGCAUGAUCUAUGUAUUCAGAGAAAAGAGUUCGAAGUGGGGCAGAAAGUCCUGUCAUAUAACUCGAGACUCAAAAUCUUCCCUGGAAAAUUAAGAUCAAGGUGGUCGGGUCCUUACACUGUCACUAAAGUUAUGCCAUAUGGAGCUAUACAGGUCAGCCAUGAAACAAAAGGAACAUUCACAAUUAGUGGGCAAAGGCUGAAACACUACUGGGGUGGGGACUUCUCAAAGCAAAAGUCCACUAUUCAACUUGAAAUGCCUAAUUGA